UUUCGUGGUGUGGACCGAGGACCCGCCCCACGCGCCUCUCCUGAGGCGGGUCAGCUCAGUCUAAGCGCCCGCCCUCACGCAUUAAAUGAGCCGGCGGGCCAGAGCCCCCGGAAACAGCCGUGCACUCCGGGGUGGUGAGCGACGCGAUCAGCAGCAACCAGUCGCAGGAGCCUUUCUUCCACCAGAGAGCACCAUGGAGAAGCAGGUGGCCCUGAGCCGGACCCAGGUGUGUGGAAUCCUGCGGGAAGAGCUGUACCAGGGCAAUGCAUUCCACCAGACUGAUACACACAUAUUUAUCAUCAUGGGUGCAUCGGGUGAUCUGGCCAAGAAGAAGAUUUACCCUACCAUCUGGUGGCUGUUUCGAGAUGGCCUCCUGCCAGAAGACACCUUCAUCGUGGGCUUUGCCCGCUCUUCCCUCACAGUGGAUGACAUCCGCAAGCAGAGUGAACCCUUCUUCAAAGCCACUCCAGAAGAGAGGCCCAAGCUAGAAGAAUUCUUUGCCCGCAACUCCUACGUAUCUGGCCAAUACAAUGACCCAGCCUCCUACCAGGACCUCAAUAGCCACAUCAAUGCUCUCCACCCGGGGUCACAGGCCAAUCGCCUCUUCUACCUGGCCUUGCCUCCUACGGUCUAUGAAGCUGUCACCAAGAACAUCAGUGAGACCUGCAUGAGCCAGACAGGUUGGAACCGCAUCAUUGUGGAAAAGCCGUUCGGGAGAGACCUGCAGAGCUCUGACCAGCUGUCCAACCACAUCUCGUCCCUGUUCCGUGAGGACCAGAUCUACCGCAUCGACCACUACCUGGGCAAGGAGAUGGUGCAGAACCUCAUGGUGCUGAGAUUUGCCAACAGAAUUUUUGGCCCUAUCUGGAACCGGGACAACAUUGCCUGCGUGAUCCUCACCUUCAAAGAGCCCUUUGGCACUGAGGGCCGGGGGGGCUACUUCGAUGAAUUUGGAAUCAUCAGGGACGUGAUGCAGAACCACCUGCUGCAGAUGCUGUGUCUGGUGGCCAUGGAGAAGCCCGCUUCCACCGAUUCGGAUGAUGUCCGGGAUGAGAAGGUCAAGGUGUUGAAGUGUAUCUCUGAGGUGAAGGCUGACAACGUGGUCCUGGGCCAGUACGUGGGGAAUCCCAGCGCAGAAGGAGAAGCCGCCAAAGGCUACCUCGACGACCCCACCGUGCCUCUCGGCUCUACCACCGCCACCUUCGCUGCUGUCGUUCUCUAUGUGGAGAAUGAGCGGUGGGAUGGGGUGCCCUUCAUCCUUCGUUGCGGCAAAGCUCUGAAUGAGCGCAAGGCAGAGGUGAGGCUGCAGUUCCACGACGUGGCGGGUGACAUCUUCCACCAGCAGUGCAAGCGCAACGAGCUGGUCAUCCGCGUGCAACCCAACGAGGCCGUGUACACCAAGAUGAUGACCAAGAAGCCCGGCAUGUUCUUCAACCCCGAGGAGUCGGAGCUGGACCUGACCUAUGGCAACAGAUACAAGAACGUCAAGCUCCCUGAUGCCUAUGAGCGCCUCAUCCUGGACGUCUUCUGUGGCAGCCAGAUGCACUUUGUGCGCAGCGACGAGCUCCGGGAGGCCUGGAGGAUCUUCACUCCCCUACUGCACAAGAUUGACAGCGAGAAGCCGCAGCCCAUCCCCUAUGUGUAUGGGAGCCGCGGCCCCACAGAGGCAGACGACUUGAUGAAGAGAGUAGGCUUCCACUAUGAGGGUACCUACAAGUGGGUGAACCCCCACAAGCUCUGAGCCCUGGACACCACCCCACCCCACCCGCGCUCCCCUCAGCCACACUGUGUCUGUCCUUCCUGCCACUGACCCCACAUUGGGAAGACUUUGGGACCAUUGGCCUGAGCCUCACAUUCCUGCCCUGGGCUCCGGCCACCACUGUGCCCCUCUCUGCUGCUGCUGCCACGGAAGCCCCACUGCACUCCUCCAGAGCCAAGCGCCAGCCUCGCCGGGAUGCGCGGGACUCCCGCAAGCCCUAGCUGAGCCACCUACCUCCCAGUCACCCCAGCCCCCCUCAUUCCGGCCCCCACAGAAGACCCCCCGCAGAAGGAAGAGCGGCAGCCUGAGCUGAGGGACUGUGGGGAGGGGGCCGGGGCAAAGCACUCCCCAGUGCCCAUUGGCCCGUGCCUCACAACGCACAAGUGUACCAGCGGAGCCACGCUGCCCGGUGCACGCAACAUUCCUGGCGAGCAGCUGGACGGGAUGCCGUGCUGCCUAACGGUGUCUUAGCCCCAGACAGCUGCUCCCCACAAACUCUACUCCACGCCCUCCCUCACUCCACCCAUGGGCAGCCUCCCUUCCGCACACAACGCAGAAGCAGUAGCUAUGGCCCCUACCUCAACCCUCGCCAUUAAAUCCUUCAGCAGCCCGCCUGUCC